UCUCAUCACUGCUUUCAGACAUAGGUUCUCUGUAGACUAUUGGGUCCUACAAGUAUCCUAAUCUCUUUACAGUGCAGUCCAAAGCAUGAUGGACUACGGAUUCUAUGCGCAACAAUUUGUCCCACUGAAGAACCUGGAUCCCGGAACGCAAGGGAUUCCCAACCCCAACACGAGUGUCCCAGCGCCAUCGAUAGCAUCACCCCUCGUCCCAGAUUCAACGUUCUUUGACAUAUUAUGGAAUUUUCGCUCCCUCAUUAAACAUACAGCAGUGAUGUAUUCUUGCUCGCCACAUUCAAUAAAGUGGAUCUACUAUGGCACUAUGCUCCUCAAUAUUCUCUCGCUUUGGGUCUUGUGCAUGUUCUCAGUCGUGACAUUUUCUUUAUUUGGAUACUUCAUCACUUCGCCUGUCCCUUCCCCGAUGGAUUACUCUGACUUCUUCAGAGCUUGCGUGCUGGGUACCUUCGUUUUGAGUCCUGCCUGGCUCCUGCUCAUAUGGGUAAUUCCGCGCGCGUGACUAUUCCUGUUGAUACUGUCUCGAGUAGAGCUCGAAAAGCGUGCCAUGCACUCGUUUUCCAGCUCUUUUUCUUGGCAGCGGUCGUUGCGGCUAUGAUCGCUAACGUCGUGGUCGGUGUAGUAGUGAAGGGAAGCAACAUGAAGUUGGAUGGGAUCUAUGCUGCUCGGGCUGGG